UUCCAUCUAAUCACGUUAAGAAGAAAGAAAAAGAAUCCAUUUUUCGCAAAAUUUCUUGCAUCAUGAGGAAUUUUAUGAUCCUUUGCCUUGCUUUAUGCUUCAUUGGAAUUGUCUCUACAAAUCCUUUGAAGUAUGACUCAAUUUUUAACUUUGGUGACUCUCUUAGUGACACUGGAAAUUUCCUUCUUUCUGGUGCAUUAGCUUUUCCAGUCAUAGGAAAGCUACCCUAUGGUGAAACCUACUUCCGGCACCCAACAGGGAGGUGCUCUGACGGACGUCUAGUGGUCGAUUUCAUUGCCGAGGCGUCUGGAUUGCCACAUUUGCCACCCUAUCUAGGGCUUGGCAAAGGCCAAAAUUUCCGAGACGGGGUGAAUUUUGCGGUUGCCGGAGCUACGGCACUCAGUUCUGAAUUCUUUUAUGACAAAAAAAUUGGCCAAGUUUUGUGGACAAAUGAUUCACUGAGUAUACAGCUUGGUUGGUUCAAGGAGUUGAAGACUUCUCUUUGCACUACUAAACAAGAAUGUGACAAUUACUUCAAAAAAUCACUAUUUGUUGUGGGAGAAAUCGGUGGGAACGACUAUAAUUAUCCAUUUUUUGUGGGUGGAAGCAUUAAACAACUUCGAGCUUCUGUACCAUUGGUUGUUGGAGCAAUCACCAAAGCUAUCACUGUAUUGAUAGAAGAAGGUGCAGUAGAAUUGAUGGUGCCAGGGAACUUACCAAUAGGAUGCUCUGCUGUAUAUUUGACCUUAUUUCAAAGCCCUAACAAAGCAGAUUAUGAUAAAAACGGGUGUUUGAAAGCUUACAAUUCUUUCUCCAAGUACCAUAACAACCAGCUCAAAGGAGCUCUGGAAACCCUAAGAAACAAGUAUCCAAAUGCAAGAAUCAUUUAUGCUGAUUAUUAUGGAGCAGCCAAGCGCUUCUAUCACUCACCAAAACAUUACGGAUUUUACAAUGGGGUCCUCACAGCAUGCUGUGGAGGGGGUGGAUCUUACAAUUUCAAUAAUUUUGCAAGAUGUGGUCAUGUAGGUUCAAAAGCAUGUGUUAAUCCUUCUACUUACGCAAACUGGGAUGGAAUUCACUUGACAGAAGCUGCCUAUCGGAUUAUAGCUAUGGGUUUGAUCAAUGGUUCUUUCUCUACACCACCCCUUACGAAAUUUCCCCUUUAAUAACUCCAUCGAUUAGUUUCAUGGUUUGUCAUAUUUACAAAUAAAAAGGAUAUAUGAUUAUCUAAUUAAUGGAGUUCUUCUUAAUUUCUUGUGUCC